UAUAUAGGCUGAGGAAGGAGAGAUAUCUAGUAGUAACAGAUUUAACGGAUAAUGGAUAUGAGCAUCUUUCGCUCUGCUUCGCUCGGUCGAAUACCUAAAGCUCAGUUGAAUCCCUGCGGGUGUCUGAAGAAUCUCGACAGAGUGAAAACCCUGGUCUCAAGGACGGUUGUUCCUUCAAUCUCAGCCUCCCCAGUUGAAUCGCUGCGAAAGGGAAACUGGGUCAAGCUCAUUUGUGGUGCUAGCUUUGAGGAUGUGGUUGAUGUCAGGAACCUUUCUCUGGUCUACACUCUUGCCGGAGUUGAUUGCAUUGACUGUGCUGCUGAGGAAUCAGUAGUCAAUGCUGUGAACGAAGGGAUAAGAGCGGCUAGAGCUAUUGUUCCUAUUCGGAGGCCAUGGAUAAUGAUCAGUGUCAAUGACGAUAAAGAUAUUCAUUUUCGUAAAGCUGAAUUCGAUCCUGAUGAUUGUCCAGUGGAUUGUUCAAGACCCUGUGAGAAUGUUUGUCCGGCUAAUGCAAUAUCACUAGAUGGUGAACCUGAUCAGCAGAAGGGUGUUGUGGUGGAACGCUGCUAUGGCUGUGGUCGAUGCUUCCCUGUUUGUCCAUAUGACAAAAUAAGUGCAAUUACAUACAUAAGAGACGCCACUGCUGUAGCUGAACUUCUGGUACGGGAUGAUGUUGAUGCACUUGAAAUUCAUACCAAUGGAAGGGUACCAGAAGCCUUCAAAGAACUCUGGGAUAGUUUAGGGGAUUCCAUCAAUAGUUUGCGACUUGUUGCAGUUAGCUUCCCCGACAUCAAGGAUUCAGCAGCAUCUGCAAUGAAUGCCAUGUACUCCAUAAUGGAAACCAACCUCCAUUGCUACAACUUAUGGCAGUUAGAUGGGCGCCCCAUGAGUGGAGAUAUUGGGCGAGGUGCCACGAGAGAAGCAAUUGCUUUCGCUUUACAUUUGGCCUCUGCUGGAGACAGACCAAAAGGUUUCCUUCAGUUGGCAGGCGGUACCAAUGCUCAUACAGUGGAUGGGUUAAAAAAGGCCAGGCUAUUCCAGACAGCCACCAUAUCUGAUAUAUCAAAUGAUGGAAAUUUCACAAGCUCAUUGAGUUCAGGAAAUGCUUUGAUCAGUGGCGUAGCGUUUGGAGGCUAUGCACGGAAGAUUGUGGGAAAGGUUUUGCAUUCUAUGCAAUCUCAGCAUGGACUUGCUUGCAUUGAAGAUCAUCCGGAGCAACUCCUGCAGGCACUUGAGGAAUCGCUUAGUCUGGUAGGAACUGUCAAGUGUUAUGUUUCUUUGCCUUCUUUGAAAUAGAGGGAGGUUUUUUGUUGUUGUUGACACUUCAAAAACAAUGUUUAUCAUGGGAUUCAUGACAUAACAAUAGGUCGCCUUUAAUAUGCGCUGCAUUCCAUGGAAAAGCAAACUAACUUUUUUUA